AUGAAAUUGGCAGAUCGUAAGAAAUUUUCUGUUCAUUUGGAUAUGUCUGCUUUAAAAUAAAUUAUCCAAACUGCUCAUCCACUUUCCACUAAACGCAAAAUUGAUACUACACCCACUAGUCCAAAUACUUCAGGAUUGGCAUCUGAUAAAAUAUUCAAGCCAAUUCAACCUUUGCACACUAAUACCAAUCUAAACAACACCAACACUAUUCAAAAUAUUAUACUCAACUUCAAAAAUAAAGCGAACAAGGAAAAAGAGAAUGGUCCUAUUUCCACAAUGACGAAGUUCCCAUUAUUGGUAGAUUAAUUUAUUCGAUUGUUUAAUUUGAGUAAGAGUGAAAUACUUGAAGUUUAACAAAUGAAACAAGUUUAUUAUUACAAAUAAUCAAAAAUAUAACAAGAUGGUUAAAAUGGAGAAUAUUUAUGUUAUGCCAAAGAUCAUAUCAAAUAUUAAUAUGAGAUUAUCAAUCUUAUUGGAUAAGGUAGUUUUGGUCAAGUGUUUUAAGUUUUGGAUCACAAAACAUAAAAAACAUUUGCACUCAAAAUCAUCAGAAAUCAAGACAAAUUAAAAAAAUAAGCUUUAGUAGAAGCCAAUCUACUUAUGAUGAUAAAAGAGCGUGAUCCAUUAAACAAAUCCAACAUAGUGAGAAUAGAAGAAUAAUUUAUUUUUCGAGGCCAUUAAUGCAUAGUAUUUGAGAAAUUGGAAUUCAAUUUGUUUGAAGUCCUAAAACAGUAAAAGUUUCGAGGUUUAGAUUAUGAAACUUUAAGAAAAUUUUCAUAUUAAAUUUUAAUAGCCCUGAAUUAUUUACACAAACUCAAUAUCGUUCAUUGUGAUUUAAAACCUGAAAAUGUCAUGGUACAAGAUAUGAAAUCAAAGAUCGUAAAACUAGUUGAUUUCGGUUCUGGAUGCAUAGAUGGGAACUAGGUCUACACAUAUAUAUAAAGCAGAUAUUAUAGAGCUCCAGAAGUGAUCUUUGGUUUGAAAUAUGGAAUGGAAAUAGAUAUGUGGAGUUUUGCAUGCUUGGUAUCUGAAAUUCACACUGGAUAACCAAUCUUUCCUGGAGAUAACGAAUUGGAACAGUUUAAUUUGAUAAUGGAGGUUAUUGGAGCUCCAACCACUGAAUUUGCAUUAAAGUGUCCACGAAAGAAGCAUUUCUUCGAUGAGAAUGGUUAACCAAAAAAAACAAUGAAAACUUAUAGGAAACCCCAAUCCAUUUCAUUACAGGAAAUUCUUAAAACUACAGAUGAUGACUUUAUUGAUUUCCUUUAAAGAUGCUUUACUUGGGAUGCUGAAUCAAGACUUAAACCUCAAGAUGCUUUGAAUCAUCCUUGGAUUUUAUCUAUAAAUCCUAAAGAGAAUUGUUCCAAAUUCAAUAAUAAGUUCUUCAAUAAUGAUAAAGACUCUAAUAGUGCCUUUAAAAAAUCAAAAACCUAAACAAAUACUAUAUUAAAGGAAUUUGAAAAAAAACUAAGUAAGGAUAACAUAUUUCUAAAAUUAUAACAAACUCGAACAUUAAUAGCUAAUAACACUUUUGAAAAUAAGCCAGUGCUGAGCAACAGGUAUGUCAAUGAUAAACCAACUUCAUCGGAUAGGAUAAGAUCGAAUAUUGCCCAUUCUAUACAUUAAAUAUUGUCAUGCAGACAACAUAAUGCAAGUAACACUUAGUUCAUAAGGAAACCAUCUUUAGGAUGA